CCUACGCAGCCAAUGAGAGGAGGGCUGCUACAGGAGUCAUUGGCGUCUGGGAGGAUGAUGGCGGCGACCUUGUCGUGUGGGGUUUCGCUUCUACGUGGAUGGCUGCCCAGUGUACGUAAUGUUCGGCACGGCUCCAAGGCUGUAACUCGUCAUCGGAAGCCCAUGCACUUCCUUAAACAGAAGUUGAUGGCUGUAACAGAGUAUAUACCUCCAAAGCCAGUCAUUCCAGAUAGGUGUCUUAAACCUCUGCCUAAACGGAAUCAAGAGGAAAGUGGUCUCGUGAGGAUUCUAAAGAGGGAGGUGGACAUGAUGUUCCAAAACAACAAAAUGAUUGCAGUAUUUCAAAACAACUCAUCCUCUUCUGAGGAUUUGCUUCUUAUUAAGUAUCGGCUCCAGAAGCAUGACAUCACUGUGAAAUUUUUCCCAAACCAGGUGAUGCGGUCAUUCCUGUCUACCUCUAAAUACAUCAACAUGCUUCCACUCUUCGUUGGGCAUAAUGUCUUGCUAGUGAGCAGAGAGCCUAAAACAAAAGAAAUGUUGAAAGUAGUGAAGAACACUCCACAGAUAUCUUUGCUUGGUGCCUGCAUUGAAGACACCAUUCUAAGUCACAAAGGUGUUCAUGACUAUUCCAGACUACCAUCUGUAGCUGUAAUCCAGGGACAGGUGGUGGGUGGCCUGACCCAGAUGACAUCACAAACCCGGGACUUAAUUAGACACAACCCUCUGUAUCUUUCUAUGCUGCUGAAACGCUAUGUCGAUCAGCCAAACAAUGGAAAAGAAGGCACAGAAGGUGCAGAAGAGAUAGAGAAGAAACAAACUGAGCCCAGCUAGAGCCCAGGAUUGAAGCAAGGCUUUUCUUUCUUCUAUUGCACUUGACUUCUGAGGAGUCAUGCUCCAUGCAGAAUUGUUUUUUAUUCUACUUCCUUUCGGUUGUGUUGACUUCCUACAAUGCUGUUGGAAAUUUGUAUUCUGAUUAGUAAAAGUAUGUAUUAUUUUUGUAAUUUUAAUUACUGUGAUUAUCGUACUAAAGAGACUGAUCAGUGCUGUGCUUUGGUUGUUAUUUAAAUAAAGUAAAAUCACUCUUUUCCUCGAAA